CUCGAUUUAUUUAGUAAAUUAUAAUCCUUAUAACUUUUGCUCUCGUUCAACCCUUAAUUUUAACAAUUAUUAUUUUUACAAUAACGGAGAAUUAGUGUUAGAGAAAUAGUCCCUAAACUCAUGUAUAUAUUCCCCAUAUUUUUAUUAAUAUUUGAAUAUCAAGUCAGACUUCUAUCGGAAAAAUUGUGUAAGGAAUGUAAAAAAGCCCAAAAUCCUUAUGAUUCUUCAGUUGGGUUAUCGGAGUAUUCUGUAGUUAUAAAAUAACUUCACAGAAACAGCUGAUGGUCAUUUUGACCGCGAUCUGUAAGAAGUGUGUGGACUCGGUGUAUGGUAAGUGAAAUGUUUUGGAUUUUGAACAUAAAUUUUGAAAUCACAUGUACUAUUUCAUUGCAUCUGGAUUGCAUUACAUAUAGUUUAGAUUACAAGAUUGUACAGCUAACAUCUAGUGGCUGUAAAAGUUUAGCUUUUCUCGGUGCUGCUAAAUUUAGAUGUUACAUCUUUUGAUAGAACAAUCUUUGAUAAACAUGAAGUUUAGUACUCUUUGCUACAGUAGUUUAGUUGAUCUUGCGUCCUUAAGUAGUAGGUAUUUAUUAGAGAUAUUUUCCGCAUUUUAUUAUCACUGGUGAUUUCGCUCUCACAUUGCCGGUCGCUAUAAUAAUUCCAAAAUGAUUUCUUCAAUAUAUAUGUAGAUCUUCCUAAAUGUAGACUAAAUACUGAUUUGUUGAUUAUUUAUUCGAUGAUAUUCUUUUACAUAAAAUAUCGCAGUUUCUGUGUCUGCUAUCGUUUCAUGCUUAAAAACUGAAUAUUAUCUCGUAAACAUUAUGUCAAACCAAUAUUUCAGUGUUAAACCCAAAUUUUAAUGGAAGGUUUAUUAAGGUUAAGUCACAAGAUGCCGUAAAAUAUUUGGUACGAUGAUAUGGGUUAAACAUUAUGAUAAUGAUAUAAGCGCUUCACGUGGCGCCAAUAUUGCUAAUGACACUGCAGCGGGUCUGUCACAAUUUUUAAUAAGCCAAGCAGAAGAAUUCGCGCCGUAAUGCAAUUUUUGUCGCAUUGCCAAUGAGAUAUUAUAUAGAUAUACAUACAUAUAAUACAAAGAGAGAAAAAUCAUUCCCACAUGGGGAUAAUGAAAAAGCCGUGUCACGUUUGCGACGACGAGUGGAGCAGAGCGGUUGCUGCGCGCAGAAUGCAAACUCAUGCCGGCUACGCAGCCAGCAAGCAGCUCAGCAAGCCAAGCCAGUCAAGCUACUUCACUCUCACUACACUUUGCCGGCUCGCUGGGGGCAUAGAAACAAAAAACAAAAACAGUUUGCUUGUUUGUUGAUAUCACCAUAGCGGACAGUUGGCAUUGUUUUCAUUUCUCGUUGUUUUUGUAGUCACACAUUUGCUUUUUGCGUUUGCACGUUAGAAGCUUUAAGUGUUUGGGCUCCUCCGCUAUUUUUCUCGGCGAUUCUCUGCCUACAAGUCAAGCACAAGAGUGAGCCGCUGCGCCGACUGCGACUUAUGCUGUGUUGCAGCACCAAUCUCUGCCACCCACACAAGCAAACAGAAGAAACACUAGCGAAUAUCAACAUUCAAAAGCUUCGCUUCAAUACCUUGCUGCUCUCAAGGCACUCACUAUGAACCACUUGACUGGUUGGCUGACUGGCUGGCUACCUCCACUGCUGCUUGGCGCUAUGAGCUUCAGCUCCCACGUUGACUGCUGCGUCGCGCUCGCUGCUGUCUCUUAGCUUCUCCGUCGUUUGGUCACAGUCAGCACGCGUCUGUGUGCAUGUAGUUGGCGGCAUGGCUGUGUGCCAUUGCUGCUUGACUUUGGCUUUUGCUCUGUCUCGGUUGUUCGUCGCUUUUUGCCGGGGGCUUCCUCGCUUUUGCGGCCUGUUGUGUGUGUGCUUCUUUCAUGCUUUUUGCCCUCGCUUCGUUGGCUUUGUUGACGCCACUGCUGCUUGCUUAUUGCCUUUCGCCACUGACGGCGCUGCUAUCACUGCCUCUGCUACGGCUGUAGCGGCUGCCUCGGCCUGUUUGGCAGCUGACUUGUGCUUGUGUGUUUUACUGCUUUACUGUUUUGCUGUUUUGCUUUGGGGUAUCAUCGUUGUGGCCGUGCACGGCCUGCUUCAGUCUGUCGUUUGACGUGCACAGAGGCGGCAUUGAAGCGGAGUAGUAAGUGUGAUUCUACACGAUUCGCUAGCGAACGGCAUACAAGCGUGCGUUUUCCCACUCGUAAACGUUAUACUCGUUGUCAUUGGCAUCGCUCGGCGAAUGUGAGCCAGACCAAAAGCAACAACAACAAAAAAGUGAUGAAGAAGCUGCAAACAAACCCAAAGUAGUGAUUGGCAAAGUUGGAAUCGACAACAAAAAAGUGUUUAAAAAUAAAACGAAUUUGCUGAUGCUGUGUAUGAAAUUCCAUUAUUGAUAAAAAAGGCGCGCGAAUUUCGGUUCGUUGACGUUUUUUGCUGUCAUAUUGUGCUAUUCUAAUUGAAGGUCAAGUGUCUAGUGGGCAACCUUCAAAUUGUAGAAAUACAAAAACAAAAAAUUAAAUUAGAAAGUGAAAUCGAAGCUUAAUUUACGAUAUUUUUGGAAUUAUAAAUAGGUAAACUUCAAUCGCAUUCAACUAAAUAGUGCAAAACAACAACAAUCACAACACAUGUGACACAUUUCGAAAUCACUGUGGCAAAACAACAAAUAUUGGAUUAAAAGACCAUAUCUGUACUAAAAGCAUACAACAACAAUAACAACUACAAGCAAGUAUCAUAGAGAUGUACAGAUGAAGGGAUUGAAUGUACACACAUUUAUGCAUGUGUUUGUAUAUGUGAAGAGAUCGAAAGCCAUUAAAAGCUGUUAAAAAGCAGAUAACUUUUAACAGUAAAUUUGCGUCGAAUGCAGCAGUAGCACUACUACAUACACACACAUCUUAAUUCCCUCAUCUUAUGGACUAUGGACAUCACAAAAAUAUUAGCAAAGUGAUUUGAUUGUGCAAUUCAACAAUUUUGUAUACAAACACACACACACAUAAUUUUAUGCAGAGUUUGGCAGCUGCGCGCAAUUAAUUGAAAACAAAGGCCAUUUUAAAAGCUCAAUACGUGACACCUCUAGUGGGUGAUUUAUCGAAAUUAAUUUGUUCGAUUUUCAAUUUCGGCAGACAAACAAAAAUAAAUAGCUACCAAUAAAACUAUAUAGAAAAUGAAAAAGUAAUAAAUAAAAGGCAUUAAAACCUUUAAAAAGUUCAAAAAUAUUUAAAUAAAAAAGUGCUACUAAACAACUCAAAUACAAAUAAAUUGCAAUUUAUUUAUUUGUCCACUUUGAUGAAAAGCCACAAAUUUUCGCUGCAAACUAAUGGCAAAGUAUUUGUGUUGCAUGUUGCAUCUGGCAAUGCAAUAAAUGUAAAAUAAACGAAAUGAAAGAAAAUUGUGCAAUAAUUCGCUUAUACCUAAACAGCACACAUAAAUAAAUUACGUGGCAUGAGUGUCAUGCACAUAUGUAUAACACAUAUAUAAGCAUAUAAAUAUAAGUGGAUAAAUGCCUUUGCAGGUAAUUGAAAGCGUCAGUGUGUGAAAACAAAUAGUGACCAGCAACACCUGGUUGCAAACAAUUUGCAUUAGCAUACACCGAAUAGUGUUAAAACAACAAUGGCAAUAAAAUAAAAUAACAAUAACAACACGUGAAUUGAGAAAAAUUAACAACGGUCAACAAUUCAGAGUUGUGCAACUGAUAUCACAGUGAUGCCAAUUAGUCAGAUUGCCAGCUACUAAACUGCAACGACUGACUUACUGCCUCUGUGCAAUCACUUAAUACCGACGAUAUUAGCAUUGCCAAGCUUAACUACAUAAAAUAACGGCGUCAGAUACAACAAGACUGGCUAAAUUGAAGAAAAAACUUUAAAGUGAAUAUGGCCAGCCCAGUAAAGCGCCGCAACAUGCAACAAAACAACAACAUUAAGCUCGCUGUGCACCAAGGACAUACGCGCGACAGUAUUGGUUUGAAAAUGUUACUCCUGCUAGCGAUAUUUUUUUGUUGUGGACCAUUGCCGGCAGCUUCGAGUCUCGAUGGCCUUCAAGGACAGUCUAUUAAAGAUGCCUUCGGCGAAUAUUCACUAACCGACAUGAUCAACGCACAGUCGCAGGGCAUCGAAUACGAGGAGGCCGACGACGGUUUCCCCUCGUACAAAUUCUUACCCACAUCCGAUGUUAAAACAUCAUAUCGCGUCCUGCUGCCGGAGAGACUUUACGAAUUCGCCAUACUAGUCAAAUUUCUGCCGAACAGCCCGAAGGGUGGUUAUCUCUUUAGUGUGAUAAACUCCUUCGAGUCUGUGGUACAGUUGGGUUUACACUUGUCGACGGUCAGCAAGAAUUUUUGGAAUGUUUCACUGCUCUACACACAGUCAGAUCAGAGCUCCGUUAGCCGUAAAUUAGUCAGCUACCAGUUGCCAUACAGGGGCAAAGAGUGGACGACACUUUCAUUUCAGGUACUCAGGGAAAAGGUGCUCUUCUACUACGAUUGCGAAUUAAAUACGACGACAACGGUGGUGCGGGAACCACAGGAGUUGGUCUUCGAUUCGGCCUCAACUUUGUACUUGGCGCAAGCGGGCCCAAAAUUAACUGGGCAUUUCGAGGGAAAUUUACAGCAAUUGUAUGUUUAUACAAAUCCAGAUGCUGUAGCAACUGUCUGUAAACCGCCAUCAAAGAAAUUGGACGACAGCUAUAAUGAAAUCUUAGAUGAUGAGAGUGGCUCCGGUUUUAUGGAAGGUGCGAGCGAUGAUUACGACAUUUUAGAUGACUCAUUCUGGAAUGCGACGGACGAUGCCAGUGGAUUUCCAUCACAGACACCACCUCCUUAUCCGCACGAAAGACCCUAUCGCACACCAAAAGGUGAAAAAGGUGAACGUGGCCCAAAAGGACCACCCGGUGAUAGUAUACGUGGUCCACCGGGACCACCGGGGCCGCCAGGCCCUAAAGGUGAAUCGGCAACUUUUCCGCCCUUCGUUGAUUUUCCCACCGGCGCCGAUGCGAAAUACACUGGCAAAUGCACGUGCAACGCGUCUGAUAUCCUAGAAGCAAUCAAAGAUAAUGAAAUAUUACGUGAAACAAUACGCGGCCCACCCGGACUGCCGGGCAAGGAGGGAAAGACUGGUGCGCCUGGACUCACGGGUGCUACAGGGAAACCAGGUGAACGCGGUGCCCCCGGUCCGAAAGGUGACCGCGGCGAUAGGGGCGAUCCUGGCUCCCGUGGUCCCGAGGGUCUGCAAGGCCAUAAAGGCGAGCCUGGCGUCGACGGCAUGCCCGGCAUGCUGGGGCCACCUGGCCCGCCGGGACCGCCUGGCUUGCCUGAAAACUACGAUGAAUCCUUAAUGGGCAAUUCAAUGCGUCCGAUGCGUAGCUCUUCGCCGGGACCGAAGGGUCCACCAGGUGAUAAAGGUGAUGCCGGAGCGGCGGGCGAACGUGGUCAGCAAGGUCAAAAAGGUGAACGUGGCGAUCCGGGAAUGACUGGCGAGAAAGGUGAUAGGGGCCAUGCGGGCGUACAUGGCGGUACUGGGCAAAAGGGUGAACCAGGCCAACCCGGUGUGCCGGGUAUGGCUGGAGCACCCGGCGCACCUGGUCUCAAAGGUGAUCGUGGUCUGCCCGGUGAAUUGGGCCCCAUCGGACCACCCGGUCCACCAGGUGAAGUUAUUUAUGCAGACAAUUCGUUGAAUGGCACAUCGAGCAGCGCAGCGGGUGGACAAUGUCAAUGUCCAGCGGGUCCACCUGGACCGCCGGGUACACGCGGGCCGCAGGGCUAUGAGGGGCCACCCGGUUUGAACGGCGAGCCUGGUCCAGCUGGGUCGAACGGUUUGACCGGCCUGCCUGGCUCCAAAGGUGAGAAGGGCGAAAAAGGUGUGCGGGGCCUGAGCGGCCCGAAAGGCGAUCGCGGACCCGAAGGCCCGCCAGGGCAGGCCUUUUUCGCUGGCGGCUACGAAGGCAUGGCUAUGAACGGCACCAAGGGGGAGAAAGGAGAGAAGGGUAUGCGUGGACGACGCGGCAAACCGGGCCAAGCUGGACCGAUCGGACCGCCGGGCAAACCUGGUCCAAUGGGCGAUAUUGGACAUUCGGGUCGACCCGGGCUACCCGGCCCCAAAGGUGAUUCAGGUAUCAAAGGACAGAAGGGCGAAACUGGCGGACGUGAAGGAUCCAAAGGCGAUAAAGGUGAUCGCGGUCAGGAUGGACGUGACGGCCUGCCCGGACCACCUGGCUUGCCAGCAGCAGCCGGCGAAGGUGUACAAUACAUACCGAUGCCUGGCCCGCCAGGACCGCCAGGCGCACCCGGUCAACCCGGCAUGCCCGGUUUAUCAAUAACCGGCGCGAAAGGUGAGCCCGGCAUGGAUUCACGCAGUUUCUACGGUGAUGCGUCUUACUAUGGACGACCGGGCCCGCCCGGUCCUCCUGGUCCACCAGGCCCACCCAGCCAUUCGCGUCAUGACGAUGAAGAGACACCAUAUUUUUCGGCAUCUUCCUGGAAUAUGCGCAUCGUACCAGGUGCGGUGACGUUUCCGAAUAUUGAUGAAAUGACAAAGAAAUCAGCCAUGAAUCCGCCAGGCACACUGGCCUACAUCACGGAGGAGGAAGCGCUGCUGGUGCGCGUCAACAAGGGUUGGCAAUAUAUUGCGCUUGGCACUUUGGUGCCCAUUGCUACACCCGCCCCACCGACUACAGUGGCACCGCCAGUGCGCGUUGAUAUACAAUCAUCGAACCUGCUCAAUAAUCUGCCGCCGUUAUUAAAUACGCCAACGCUUCGCGUUGCGGCACUCAACGAGCCAUACGUCGGCGAUUUGCAGGGCAUACGCGGCGCUGACUUCGCUUGCUAUCGUCAGGGGCGUCGUGCCGGUUUAUUGGGCACCUUCAAAGCCUUCCUGUCAUCCAGAGUGCAAAAUCUUGACUCGAUUGUACGUGUCGCAGACCGCGAUCUACCGGUAGUGAAUACCAGAGGUGACGUCCUCUUCAACUCGUGGAAGGGCAUCUUCAACGGCCAAGGUGGCUUCUUCUCGCAAGCGCCGCGCAUAUACAGUUUUAGCGGCAAAAAUGUUCUCACGGAGCCAUUGUGGCCACAAAAGCACGUUUGGCACGGUUCACUACCCAACGGUGAGCGUUCCAUUGACACAUAUUGCGACGCUUGGCAUUCGAGUUCCAUAGAUAAAUUCGGUUAUGCAAGCAAUUUGCUGGGGAACAAACUGCUCGACCAGGAGCGACAAACUUGCGAUAGCAAAUUAAUUGUGCUCUGCGUGGAGGCGUUGUCGCAGGACAGAAGGCGAAAGCGCGAUCUCAGCGACAGCGAACCCGAAUUCCAUACGGCGGAGGCAUACGCGCGUCAUCUGCAAGAGGUGCUAACUUGAAAAAUUGACUCACGCACACAUACGUCGAAGCAGCGCGCCCGAAAGGCGCAGCGGUUGCGGCGACAACAUUUACAACACCAUCACCAACGCAACCAGUGAAAAUGUGAAAGCAAAUCGAGCAACUAAAUUUGAAUUUUAAAAAUUGUAAAGAUCGAAAGCCAAAUCACUAACUACUUACAAACGAGUAUAUGAUUCAUUUU